AUGUCGACCCAAACGGGCAAGUUCCGCGAGGACCAGGUCCUCAUUAUCUGUCCCGGCAGCCAGACAACCAUGGCCCAGCUGGGAUGCGGCGAGCUAACCCCGCCCAUCCACCGUAUCCCGACGCGCAUGUUCAAGGACGCUGAGACGGACGAGUGGCGGCCCUUCCACACCUUCAAGCGCAAGAGGGCCGAUGCCAAUGGCGCGCUCGCCAUCGACGGUCCGCGCACCGAGGAGGACGAGUACGAGUGGGUUGAGGAUACGGACUCGACCGAGGGCGCCAUUUACCCGCUGAAAGGCGGUCGCAUUGUAAACAUGGAAGCUUUCCUUGCCUUUCUCGACCAUGUUCACAGCAUGCUUACAACCACGUACCACAACACCCCGAUCAUGCUCAUGGCGUCGCCUCAAUGGUGCCGCCCCGAUAUCGAGACUCUCGCGCGCUACAUCUUCGAGAAGACCCGGACGCCCGCCCUCUGUAUGAUCCACAGCGGCAUUGCUACUCAGUACGGCCUCAAGUGGCCCGCCCUCACCGUGGUCGACAUUGGCUACGAGAAAGUCGAUGUCACCUGCAUACACGAGGGUCGCGUUGUCAACCACGGAGAGCUCGGCGCGCCCAACCCGGAACGCUUCAUCUCUGGCGGAGAGAUGUUCACGCGCAAGCUGCUCGAGAAGCUCAAAGACAAGGACUUCACUUACGACAUGGCCGAACAGCUGAAGAAGAGCCACAUCUGCGAGGUCCUUCCUUAUGCGCCCAACGCUCCCGACCUCGUGGAGCUUCCGACGACCCAGACGGCCGGCAUUCCGUCCGGCGCGCUUAUCCCUGAGGCGGCUGCACUCGCCGAGCCCGCUGCGCGACCUGUUCUUCCUAGCAGCAUCGAAGAAGAGCUGGAGGAGAAGGUGGCCGACGAAGGUGUUCUCGACGUUGCCACGAUCGUCACAAGUGGAAACGCGCGUGACUUCCUUGCCAAGAAGGAGAAAGAGAAGCAAAAGGGCGGCAGGAAGGCCAAGGUCGUGCAGGAACCCGAAGCCGCGAAGCAGAUCCGCCUGCCCAACUCGAAGCGAACCCACAACACGUUCCACUUUGAAGAAGUGGUCAUGGAGGAGGUACAGCCGCCCAAGCCCGAGGAACCCAAGCCUGAGGAACCCAAGCCCGAGGAACCUAAGCCAGAGGAACCUAAGCCAGAGGAACCUAAGCCCGAGGCCACGGGUGAGCCCAAGAAGGAGGAGCCCGUCGCCACGACCGAGACCAAGGACGUGGAGAUGACGGACGAUCCCAAGCCCGUAGACGGCGCCGCUUCUGCGCCCGCCGACGGUGAAGUUCGACCUGCCGAGACCUCUGGCCCUGCAGCCCCUGCAACGGCUCCGGAGACGAACGGAGUAAGCGCCCAGCCCGAUGCCACUUCGACUGAUGCUGUCGCUGCUACCAAUGGCGCGUCCCAACCCCCCCAGCUGCAGGCCAAGCGCGUCCGUCGCGACAUCGAGGUUGGUCUUGAGCGCUUCACCUUCGCCGACCGCGGCGAGAUCGACCGCAUCGUAACCACCAUCUAUCGCACCGUGCAGGGCAUCGAGGACAUGUACAUGCGCCCCGCGUGCUGGGACAACCUCGUCUUCGUCGGCAACGGCUCGCGUCUGCGCGGCCUCAAGGACAACGUUCUCCAGACCCUCCUGGCCCGCCAUCUCAUCUCCCCCAGCACGGCCACCAUGUUCACCUCGGAGCUGCCCUCCAACCUAGCCACGCCGACGGGCACCGGAGCGCAGACCCCCACGGGCUCCUUCACGGGCGUCCCGCACCAGCUCCCGGCCAACGCUGUCGCAGGCUCCUCCGGCGUCAACCCCCUUCUGCAGGCCGCCACGACUGCCUCGGCCCAGAACCAGGGCACGCCCGGCCCCUCGGGAAGUGGCGACGCCGCCGCCGGCACCCAUUCCGGACAUCACUUCCACAGCCAGACACCCACGAGCAUCAAGCUCGCCACCCUGCCGACGUACCUGAGCGAGUGGAACAAGAACGGCUUCGAGGAGGCCAUGUUCCUCGGCGCCCAGGUCGCCGCGCGCAUCGCCUUUUGCCAGCACAACCUCGAUAUGGCCGGCCUCGAGGCUCAGCGCCAGGCAAGCCUGAGCAGAGUUGAUUACAACGAGCUCGGUCCCAAGGGCGUUCGCACUCAUUCCAUGCUUAAGUAA